CUCGGGGCGGAUCAGCGUGGUUUUUGCCGAGUAUAUAACCCUCUUCCCAUCAUGGCUGCGGCGCGAAAGUACGAGUCGGCGACAGCGAUCUUGUCAACCCUGAGCGCCUGUAACUCGCUUGUGCCCCGAGAGGACGACUCGAAAGCUAAGGAGGACUAUAUCAACUCUCAUCCGCUUACUCGUUCUCUCAGGUCGGACCCGAACUUCACAGAGUCGCGCGACCACGAGAAAAUACCGCCGGCGUGGCGGAGGCAGAACCUGACGGGCGGCCCGCUCAUGGGGCCUGGCAGGAUAACUAUUCCGCCGUUCAGCUGGACCGAACGGGGCGGCAAGAGCUAUGUGCAGAUAGCCCACAUCGGGACAGAUCUGUGCGGCCACCUGGGAAUAAUCCACGGCGCGCUGCCCUUCAACGUGGGCAUGACAGCGAAGCUGGAGAUCAACUACAUGCAGCCCGCCGUAGCCAACCAGUACCUGGUGCUUCGCGCCACAACCGUCAAGGUUGAGGGCAGAAAAGCGUGGGUUGAGGGCCACAUUGAGACCCUGCCGACAGGAGAGGGCCAACAGCCAACCGUCUUGACGACAGCUUCUGCUCUCUUCAUCUCGCCCAAGCAAGCAUCGGUGCAGAAUGGGAAGGGUCUACCCGGUAUAACAGCACGCAAAGGCGGUCUCUCUCGCGGUCGGGCGAAGGUGGCCUUAUUGAGUGGCAUGCAACGGCUGUAG